AUGAGUUUCUACCCCGACCAAGUCACCACGGUGAUUGUCCCCAGCAAUGCAGAACCCAUAUACACGAAAAGAUUGUAUCUACGACCCAUAACCAUGGCAGACGCCGCUGCAGUCUUCGAUUUUAGACGUCGGCAAGAGGUGGCAGACUGGCUCCGACAAAAGAUUCCUCACCAGCAUAUAUCAGAAUCGGAAGCUCUAAUCGCCCAAAAGACAUUCACAACGCCAGAUGCAGCAGGCACAUUCGGACGACAGUUCUUCUUUGCCAUAAUCCGCUUGAAUGAUCCAUUAAAAAGGGUCAUCCGUGCUGCGGGAGUCAAUUCUCUUGUGCCGGCACCGUCUAUUGGAUAUACUCUCCAUCCUGACUUCUGGGGGAAUGGCUAUGCCACUGAGGCUGUUACUGCUAUUGUGGAUCAGUGGUGUAAGCUUCCAAGAAGGAAUCCAGGAGAGCUGGAAUUGGAAUUGCCGAAAGAGAGGCUGUUUGCGGCUUGCAAUAAGAAGAAUGUUGGUAGUGUCAAGGUGUUGCAAAGAACUGGAUUUGUCAUGUAUGAUGAACUGGUCCUUGAGGACGAAGUGGCUGCUCUUUUUGAAUUAGAGAUACCACUGAGUUGA